AUGUUAGGACAGGUGAGUUGGACACCUCACCUUGCGGGGGGUCAGAUCAUCUGGUUCUUGGGACCAAUGCAAAUGCGUCUAACAGUCUUGGCUGUCAUAUUUCCCUUUCAUGUGGCUGCUGCAGUCUUGCUUUGCACAUCUGCACAGUGGCUGUGUUGGCUGGUGUCACUGGUCACUGAUCUUGGCUUGCUUCUUCAUCAGACCCGAGCAUAUGUACAACAAGAUGAGUCGAUCGGAAUGAAGACAAGUAUGUUGCUUUGCUUCCAGCAUGGGGGCAUUGGAGUAACAAAUGAUUCUGCACGAGGCAAGGUGAGCGUUGAAAGCAACUUCAGUUUCUGUGGAUGA